CAAACAAAAAUUUGAUAUCUGUCAAAAACUUACAUUUAAAUGGCUUUUUAUAUAAUUUCUGGAUUGCCAGACUGCAUUCAAUUUGCACAUGCAUGUUACGUUGCACAAUAUCUUCAUGACCACUUGCCUAAUUUUAAGUAUAAAAAGAAUUCUAUUGCAAAAUCGAAAUGGCCAGACUACGUUUUGGGUUUAAAUAAGAAAAAUAGAUGGCAUUUGGUAAACAGUCCUAUUAUUUGGAAAGAAAUUAGCGAUUGGGGAGGUAAACCUUAUCUUAUCGGAGGCAUGGGACAAUUUUGGGAAUAUUGUUAUUGUUAUUAUGGCCUGGCAACGUCGAUUGCAAAAGAAGAUUUGGAAAAAUUGGCUCGGGACAAUUUAAAAUACUUUAAAGCAGAAGAAGAUGCUCAAAUGCAUCGCAAAUUUGAUACUGAAAUAUGCAUUUUUGGAGCUCUCCACCCUUUGGUACCAUUACUAAUUGGAGAAUUAGGAAACAUAACGCAACUUCGAGAAAAUAACGGUCUUCAUUUAAAAUUGUACGAAACGGGACUUUCAGAAAACUUAGAUGUCAAAUAUCUGGAAAAAUUGAUAGAAAACUAUGAGGCAUGCGGUAUAACUGACAAAUCGUAUGAAAUAGAAAUUGCCGGAGACGAAGAAGAAGCUAUUAUUUAUACGGAUUUAUUAAUAUACCUUGAAAAUGUUACAAAAUUAGAUUGGGAAUCUCAAGAGAUAUACUUAAAUCGAUGCAGGGACAGGAUGGAAGAUCUAGCUUACACCAUCAACAUAAAAGGCAAAAGGUCUCUCAGGAUCAUCUUUUGUAACGACGAUCCAGUCUGUUUUCUGGCCACGCUUUUGGUAGAGUACUGUACCUCUAUGAGUCCGGCAAAUAUCGUGGCUUUAACAGCAGACCGAGGCUUACCAGUUAUAAGGGCAGUGUCAGAAAUGACAGGCGUGCCGGUGUCAAAAAUUGGAGCUCCACCCGUUUGGGGUUUUGUCGGAUUUAACGAGUACAUUGACGAUGAAAAUAUUUUAUUUAAAGCCAAUGUGUAUCGUCCUUAUGCGAGAGCUCUGACAUCACCCGAGGGAUCUACAUUACCUCAAGGAAUAGUGUAUCAAGAAUUACGACUUAUGUCGUAUUUACUUCCCGAUAUGCAUAAUACUAUUAUAGAAACGGUAAAAGAACGAAAUAAAAAUGUUGAGAAAAAUUUGCCGCAUCAACCGUGCUUUGUUAAACUAACUUCAUUGAUGAGUUUCCUAAAAAUAUGGUACAGUAAGGAAAUAACUGAUGAAAUUGUUUCCUUAGGAAUAUGUUCUAAUGGUUCUUAUGAAAUAACCCCUGGUAUAGUUUUCUCUCAACCUGCAAUUCAAGACAAGAAACGCAGAUGGAUUCCUUUUCAGAAUUUCUCUUUGAUGAAUUCUGACACGGUAAUUGAGAUCAAGCAGUUGCUGAAGGGUGCUACUGAUAUUUUAGAAAAAAUAGAUUAUGUAUCACAUGUGGGUGAAUGUGAAUCGCAAGGUACGGUUGAUUGAAUUUCAAAAUGAAAAGUAUAUAUCACUUAUUUUUAAAGUUAAUUUACUAAAUGUAUUUUUAUACUUAUUUAUUAUAAGGUAU